AUGGUGGGGAGUAUUGGCAUAUCGGGAACAGAAGAAUCCUCCCUAGGGGCCUAUGGUGGUCUUCCUUCGGGUAGCUUUUUGAAUAUUUACAAAGAAAAAAUAACGAAGUUAAAAAACGCGUGUUUGUGGGCCGCGGGCCGUUUAGGUUUAAAUUCACCGAACCGAAAAAUAUCGUCAAUCGUACAGCUUCAGCGUACAGCUACUACAGAUGUGUACAACUAUUCAAAAUGGUCCCGGCACACAGCAUACUGA